UCUGCACAAAUCACGUGAGGGCAGAUAUUCAUUUUUAUUGGCUCUUAGCGAGCGUGCCCUGCGCCGAAGAUGUGCGCGUCAGUAAAUACAAAAUGCCGUCAGAGUCUAAGCCUUUGUUGACAGCUCAGACAGAAAAGCCAAAUCAUUAUUCCUAUUUGAAGGAAUUUCGAGUAGAGCAAUGUACGCUUUUCUUACAACACAAAUGUACACAACACAGACCGUUCACCUGUUUUCAUUGGCAUUUUAUGAAUCAAAGAAGGCGACGUCCAGUCAGACGUAGAGAUGGAACCUUUAAUUAUAGUGCGGACAAUUAUUGCACAAAAUAUGAUGAAACUACUGGCAUUUGUCCCGAUGGAGACGAAUGUCCAUUUCUACACCGGACAGCUGGUGAUACAGAGCGUAGAUAUCAUCUUAGGUAUUAUAAAACUUGUAUGUGUGUACAUGACACAGAUUCCAGAGGUUAUUGUGUAAAGAAUGGUUUACAUUGUGCAUUUGCCCAUGGAAGUCAUGAUCACCGACCUCCAGUAUAUGACAUUAAAGAAAUUUCAGCAUUGGAAGCAGCAGAAGCUGAAGGAACUGGUUCUUCUAAUGGCCCGAAUGCUUUAGAUAAAGAAAGAAAUCUAAUGAAUGAAGAUCCUAAAUGGCAAGGUAUUCUAGAUACAAAUUAUGUAUUGGCGAACUACAAAACUGAGCCAUGUAAAAGGCCACCUAGGUUAUGCAGGCAGGGAUAUGCUUGUCCCCAGUAUCACAAUAAUAAAGAUAAACGAAGAAGUCCUCGGAAAUUCAAAUAUAGAUCAACACCAUGUCCUAAUGUCAAACAUGGUGAAGAAUGGGGUGAACCCAGUAAUUGUGAAGCGGGAGAUUUAUGUCCUUAUUGUCACACUAGAACAGAACAACAAUUUCAUCCAGAGAUUUAUAAAAGUACCAAAUGUAACGACGUACAACAGUCAGGAUAUUGUCCAAGAGGCGUCUUUUGCGCAUUCGCUCAUGUAGAACAAGAAUUAGGAGUUCAAAGGGAAACGUCAGAUCCAGGUACAAACUUUGCAGAAAUACUUUCAAAUGCUCUUCCUUCAAGUCUUGGAAAUAAAGAGAAAAACAGUGAUAGUUCGAUCAUUUUAUUCCAGAAUGGUAGUAGUGAAGUAAGCGAAUCAGCUUCCACUUCAUCACUGGGUUCGAACAGCUCUCAUAGCAAAGCACCUGGCGCCCAAUUAGCACAUAAAUCUAUACCUUUUCAUAGGCAUCCUUCGAUGGGAUUAGAAUUGAAUAACAAAUUGGUAGCUCUAGAAAAAGAUCAUACUUUAGAUUCACUAGAAAGGGAACAGAGAAAAUUAUAUUUCGCAUAUGGAGGUUUAGGAACAAAUUUUUACAGCAACGAUACAGUGGAGAGUGUUGUCGGAAACGCGUUAGACGAUCUGAAUUUAGAGGAUUCCCUGAACUUAUCCGGGGCCUUGGAUAGGGACAACGAUUCUCCAUCAGUCUCGAAUUCGUUAUCAGUGGGACUUGCUUCGGCUGUUCUUGGUAGUUCGGCACCUGUGAAUAUACCUGGUGCCAAUCGUUCUGGUUUAGGAAACUUCAGUCCCAAUAGUAGCCCAUUGCAACAAUUGCAAUCUAGUUUUCUUCCGAGCAGGUUUGCUCAGCAGGAUCCAAUAGAUUUCUUGAAUCAUUCCGGAAUGCAGUUGAGUAAUAGUGCUUCUAAAAUGAAUUUUUCGAAUUUUUUGGAUUUUGGAGCUAGGAGCAUUUCGCCAAACUCAAGAAACCAUAACAAUUUUAACAUGUCGCCCAGUGUGAAUAGUCAUAACGUGUCAAGUUACGAAGUUAGCCGUUUAAGAGAAGAAUUAGGCACUACUAGACUCCAAUUGUCACAAUGGGAAGAGAGGUUAGGCCAGGCAAGAACGGCUUGCGAAGCAUGGCAGAGAGAAGCCGAGGAAUCGUCUAGAAAAUUGAAAGAGGCAAUGAACGAUUACAGUAAUCUGAAGCAGGAAUAUGAGAGUCUACAAGGGGGCCCGCAUCUGCGUAGCAUAGCUAAGCUGUCCGAACUUAGCAAAUUAUCUUUGGGUGAUUUGAAAAAGAUACAUGCUCAACUGAAGAAUGAUUUGGAUGAAGUAGAAAAAGUAUUAUAUAGAGAAACAGCAUCUAAGUGUAUGGUCUGUGAGGAAAGGAAUAGAACUGUUACUUUAAAUUGCAAUCAUUUUGUUUUAUGUAGUGUUUGUGCGCUUACACAAAGCGAAUGUCCAUAUUGUCAGACACCAAUAGAUCUGACGAGUAAUAUGUGAAGAGACUUUGAUUAGGCUUACAUAUGGAAACAUUCUGUCAAAUCUAUUAUUAAAUUAUAACACAUCAACUGGAAUCGAUUACUGAAAGUUCCAGUUGAUUGUUUUAAAUCGAUUAAAAAUUUGACAGCGUGAUUUUUCAUAUGUAAUUAACAAAUUUGAUUAAAAGUAAUUGGAUAUAUUAUAAAUAUACUUAUAUAUACAUAUUUAGGUUUACUAGGAUUUUCAUAUUUCGUUACACCCAAUUUUUUCCAAAUUAAUUUAAUUACUCAUGUAGUUUUUCAUAUAGCAAGCUUAAAUUUCUUAUACAUCACCUGUGCCACUUUUUUUUUCAGACUGGAACCACUUGUAUAAAAACAUGUUAUGAUGCAUCAAACAAAAACCCAUAUUGAAACUGUUUUUCCCUUUAUGUCAUUUUAUUUUACUGUGUUUUGACGAUUCUUUUUUUGAAAUUGAGGAUGAUUUUUAAUUGUAUAGUUUUUCAAAUAUCGAAAUGUCAGUAGAAUAAUAUUCAAGAGAAAUACGUAUUUUGCUCUUUACAAUAGACAUACUAAUCUUUAUCGGAGAUCAAUGACUACUUAGGUCGAUUUGUUUCAAGUUAUUUGCUUACAUGUUUUCUUAAAAUAUGACUCAAAAUUUGGUAUUUGAUGUUGCAGUGAAUCCAUUAACCUAAUUAUCUGAGGUAAUUUAAAACCAAAUUUAAUUAAUUUAUUAUAGUAUUAUCCUGUACAAAAAAUUCUGUUUAUUUUGUUAUUUUAAAUAUUGAGUAUUAUACAAGCAAUAUAAUUUUUAAUUAUCACUGAAAGUAGGUUGUGAUACAAUGUGCGAGAACAAAUUCAAUUUAUAUUUGGCCUAUUUCAGAUUUUUUUUUUAAUAAUUGUUAUCCAAAAUAUUUUUAUUUUUAUAGUGUUGAAAUUUAUCAAGUGAACUACCAAAUUAAUAUUUACAUUUAGGAAUACCUUUUUUCGAUUUGCAUGGAGGUUCAAGGUGAUAAUUUUGCUUAUAAAACCUGCCCUUGAUUUUGAUAUGCUUUUUCAUCCUUUAUGCACCAUCAUUUAGAUGUAAGACAAAAAAGUGAAAUUGUCCUGAAUGUUUUUCGUAUUCAUAAAAAUAUCUUCAGAAACCUCCAUGUUAUUAUUGAACCACCCUCUAUAAAAUAAUAAUUACCGUUGAAGGACAGUUUCUAAUAUGGCAAAAAGAUUAAUUCAGAGCAAAGCACUUACAUAUCACUUCAUUCGUGAAAUCUUUAGUCCUAAAUCGUGACUAAAUUCAAGUACCAAAGGACACUAAUAUUUCCAUAUAUGUAUCAAAAAAUCGACUGAGAAUCUCCAUAUCCAUAUGAAAAGCAUUUUUUAAUCAGACUGAACUUUAUGAAAUUUUUAAUUGAAUUUUACCAAAACAUUCAAAUAAAGUGAUAGGUUUAUUGAAUUGAAAAAUUCGAAUUUUCUACACAAAUCACCAUUCAAUUAAUGAUAUGAAAUUAGGAAUAAUUUGUUUAGGAAUAAAAAUCAUAUGGAUUUCAUAUUUUUGCAGAAAUUUUUCUAUAACGUCUGGUAAAAAGCCUCUCCUGAAUUUUGCCAUAUCAUUUUUCAAGUUAGUCUAGAUUUAUUUAAUGAUUUUUAAAAAGACUGAAUGUGGAUUUGAAAUAAUAAUCGAUGCAAUAUUUCUUCCAAUUAACUUGACUUCUUCAAUUUAUUUGUGAUAAGAAUUUCAUAAUUGUGUGUUGUUGAAAUAUGUAUCGGUAUAAUUACAACAAAAAUAGUCCUGUUUAAAUUAGAUGUUAUAAUGAUACAAUUGUACAUCUAUUUUAAAUUUCACGGCUCAAGCGAAUUUUUAGUGUUCCAUUCAAAAAUGUGUGUGAUCUUGAUGAUUAUUAUUUAAAGAACAUAAUCGCACAGUUCUUUUCUGCAAUGUGUGGAGUGUUUCAUUCAAGAACUUUAAAAAGGUUAAUGGUUUCACUUGAAAAGAUUUUGACACUAAAUGAAAUGAAUUAUAUACUAAAUAGAUAGGAGAUUUUAUGAAUUAAAGUAGCAGGCCUAUAGUUAUAUAUGUUGUAGAAUUUAGACCAUCAAAGAGCUGAAACAGUUAUGACUCAUGUCUUCAUCAACAAAUAAGCAAAAAACAAAUCUUAACACUGUGCCAAUUCUGACUACCAAAAUCACAUAACUUUUGGUGUUCUGUUUAUUAUUGAAAAUUGUAACUUUUUCAGCUUAUUAUAAAUGUGAAGUUGUCUCACUAUCUACUUGUGGUUCAUAUAAAACUUGCAUUGUAUUUUUUUAAAGUUUGUUUUAAUUUAUGAUUGUGACAAAUGUGUAUUUUGAAAUUAUAAAAAUAGAAAUUUCAAUUCAUUUAAUUCUAUUCAUUAAUGAAUUAUUUCAGAGAUUAUAUUUCAGUUAAAGCAUGUAGGAGGAUGAUUCACUCACAUAUAUAUAUUACUUUAUCAUGUUUUUGAGAAUCAAUUUCAUAUACAUUCCAAAAAAUAAUGAACUUCAAUGAAUCUAUCUAUAUUCUGCUCUGAAUAAUUAUAUUGAUAGUUCUAAUAUUCUAAGAGAUCUACAACUGAAAAAUUUCAUUGAUAGUACUUUCUGAUUAAUCCAGUGAAAUUUUUUUGAGGAUAUGAAAGAAAAGUCCAUAUGGAAAAUAUUUUCGUAUGAACAGUACAAAGAGAGAUUUUGGUAUUUUAUAAAAUACCGUGAAUAACUAUAUAGAAUUUUUAUUAGCUUAUGUCAUGUAUGAAAUAUUUCAAUGUGAUUGAAUUUUAGAAUAAAAAUAUAAUUGCUUCAA